AUGUUCAUGGAGAGCUUUACGAAACUAGUUGCCUUUGUCCCUCCACACGUACGUAUAAAGUGGACUUUGGAGCUGGGACAGCACUUAAACCAAAGAUACAGAUCCCACCACAAGUAUGAAUACAUGUACGAAGCUGAGUCCUUGAAUGCUAUCAACGGUGCUUCACAUCUCAGGAAUGGACCUAAGGCCACUUGCAAGGUUGAAAUUGAAGUGCCUCAGACUUGUAGUUUCAUCGUCCGCACCACUGGUUGUAGCCUGAGUGAGGUGGCCGAUGUGGAUGCAGAGGGCAACCCUGUAUUCGGUCCUGCACCCAGCUCUGACACCUUUGCUGUGGAAAUGGAGAGGUAUCCUCUGAAGGUUGUGGUUGAGGGUGUGUAUGAUGUGAAACUGUACCCUGAGGAAGGUGAGACAACAACCAUCCUGAACUUCAAGAGGGGCAUCGUCUCUGCCCUGGCUGUGCCUCUGGUGGAAGAAGACAAGAACAAGAACAUGCCCACUAUCCAUGGCAUGUGCAAGACCCAGUACUCCAUCAACACUAGAAAGGACAUUGCAACUGAAAUGAGCCUCACCAGGGAUCUGUCCAGAUGUGACAAAUUUGUUCCAAUGAGAGAUUACACCAGCCCCCUGGCACUGAUCUCUGGCAUGCACUACCCUCUCGCUCAGCUGGUCAGAAGCUCCCAGACCUGCAACUACAGGUUUGACAAUGAGAAGAAACACAUGACCUCAGGGUCCUGCACUGAGAACCACAUCCUCAUUCCAUUCUCACACAAGGGACAGUAUGGAGUCACCAAUGUUGGAAAGCAAGAACUGACUCUGGUUCAGGUUUCUCCUCACAACGACAGAGUCUUUGAACACACUGACAUUGUCAAGGGUCUUCACAUGGAGGCUGUGGAGGACAAGAGUGCUGUCCAGGAUAAAGAUGCAGGCCUGAACCUCCUGAGAGAACUGGCCAAUCUGCCCGAGACAGAGGGUGAGAGGAGGGCCCACCUCUUCCACAAGCUUGUCACCAUGGUCCGUGGAAUGAAGGCUGAGACCCUGAGUCCCAUCAUUCCUGAGGCUAUUGCUGUGUCCCGUGUCCUGACCUACCAGGUUCUGGCCCAGUGUGGAACCCCUGAGUGCAGCAGUGCCAUCAUGCAGAUCCUCAGGACCUUAGACAGCUCUUCACUUGAGGUUGAUGCUGCUGUUUUUGCUUUGGGAUUCAUGUCCAAUCCCUCUGCCCUCCUGAUCAAUGAUAUGCUCGCAAUGGCCAAAUACAAGUCCAGCAAGCCCAUCAUGUAUGCCCUGAGCAAUGUUGUCAAGAGGUUUUACAAAGCUGAAGAAAAACUGAUCCCUGAGAUUCACUCUGUGGCUGAGUUCAUGGCUGCUCAGCUGGGAGACUGUUCUGGUGACAAGGACAACACUUUCAUGACUCUGAGAGUUGUUGGAAACAUGGCUCCAGCUGUGAUACCUGCUAGCCCUGCACUGAGAGCCGCUGUGAUCCAGUGUGUGAACCAACCUGCAGCUUCCCUGGCUGUGCAGCAGGCUGCCGUCCAAGUGUACAGGCUGACUCCUGUCCCUGAGGAGGGCAGAGAGGUUCUCAUGCAGGUGCUUUUGGACAGCACCAGCCCCAUGCAGAAGCGUAUUGCUGCAUAUCUGGUGCUUAUGAAGGAUCCCUUGCCAAGUGAACUGGCCCAGCUGACUGAUGCCUUGUCCAAUGAGCAGGACGAACAAGUCAAGAGCUUUGUCAUCUCCCACAUUACCAACAUUUUGUCCUCCACUGAGCCUGAGACUGAAGAGCUGAGACAGAAGAUUCAUGAUGCCCUGCAGGGUAAUGAGAUUGGGCCAAUUAUGGACCCAACCAAGUUCUCUCGCAACUACAAGAUUGGAUCUGUGGAGGGCAACAUGAUCUUUGAGGGUACCAGCUAUCUGCCCAAGGAGGUCAUGCUUGAAAUGACUCUGAAGGCAUUUGGUUAUGAAAUUGACAUGAUGGAGAUUGGAAUGGAGGGCAAAGGAUUUGAGCCUACUGUAGAUGCCCUGUUUGGAGAGAAUGGAUUCUUCCCUGACACUGCCCUGAAGACGAUGUACUUUGUCUCUGACAACAUACCAUUUAGAGUCAAUAAAAUCCUGCAGAACAUGCUGCCUGCUCUGAAGAGGGACAGGAUGAGGAGACAGGCCUCCCAGAACCUGAUGAGGGACAUCGGACAUGAACUCAACAAACUAGUGAGGGAACUGAAGACCGCACAGUCUCCUGAGGCAAUGGUUUAUCUGAGACUUCUGGGGAAUGAGCUGGGAUAUUUGAGGACCAGUGAAAUCACAGAGAUGGCCUACUCUGCUGCCAUGAUGAUCGACAGCAUGUUCAAGAUGUUCCCUAGUGAUCUAAUGAAGGCUUUGAUGACUAAGGCUGACAACACAAUCUUUGCUCACUACAUCUUCAUGGACAAUGAAUUCUUCCUGCCUACUGUGACUGGUGUUCCACUGAGGAUUGCACUGUCUGGCACUUUCACCCCUGGAAUCAAGGGUGGAUUUAAGAUUGCUCGUGACAAGAGCGAAGUUACCUUCAUGCCCUCCGCUGGCAUUGAGUUUGUAACUCAGGUUGGCUCCCACAUCCCUGAAUAUGUCAACUCUGGAUUAGAGAUGCACACCAACAUCUUCCACGAGAGCGGGCUCAGUGCCAAGAUCUCCAUGGGACGUGACCUAGUCAAGUUGACUGUUCCUGCACCAAUGAGUCCUACAAAGCUCAUCAAAAUGACAAACACCCUGGUAGCAGUGACUGGAUCAGAGGUGAAGACCAUCCCCCCUAUGGUAAUGGACAAGGUUGAUGUUAGUGAGUGCACUCCCGUCUUCGCUGGAAUGAAAUAUUGCACAGCUCUGCAGUACGUCGAUGCUUUCUCUCAAGACACAGCCCCCUACUUCCCCUUCACUGGAGACAGCAAAUUUGCUUUGGAGCUCCACCCCACUGGUGAAGUCACUGAGUAUACAGCCACUGUUGCCUACGAGCUCCUCAGGGAGGGAGACGAGGGCCGGCAGAAGGUUGACUAUGUGAAGUUCAUUCUGAGGGCUGAAGGUGCAGAGCCCACUGAAGCCAGAGCAAUCAUGAAAUAUAACAGGAGGAAGAAUGUCAUCACAGCUGACAUCCAGAUCCCUGACUACGAUGUGGAAGCUGGACUCAGGCUGGGUGUUGUUGAUGGAAACACCAAGGGCAAAGGAACUCACUCAAUCUCUCUGGACUUUAUAAACAAGAAUGUCCCUCAGCUCUCGCUGGUUGGCCGUGCCAAUCUGAAGGCUAUGAAGGAAGGUAUGCUGCAAGUCCAGCUUCUCGUCCCUUCAGUCAGUACUGAUGCCACUGUCACAGCCAAUAUGAAGCGUGAUGAAGAACUGGAAUUGGAGAUCAAGAGUGAUAUCAAAUUCAUGGAUGCCAGCUCUGAGCAGAAAAUUGCAAUGAAAUAUGAUGCCAGCAAGAUUCAGGUUGAGUUCAAGUCUGAUGUGAACACUGAGACUACUAUCUUGCCAAAUGCUGAUGUGUUUGAGAAAUAUGGCAACCAACUUCUCGACACCCAGGUCGGGCAGACUGACAUGAAAGUCCGUCACAUUUUCAUGAAGUUUGUGGAGGCAGCAAACAACUACAUGGAAAAAUAUGGUGCUGAUAUACCUUACAUUCAGAACUUCAGAGUACCUGAUAUGCCUGAGAUUUCCUUGCCAGAGACACUGUUCCUGAAUACUGAGGCAAAGGCUGUUUACUACUUCAACAAUGAGCGCUUCACCAUCGCCAUUCCUCUCCCUCUCGGAGGAAAGUCAACAGAGGAGCUUAACUUCCCUCCAGCCUUGACCACACCUAGCAUGUCUCUACCCCAGUUUGGACUGGAGAUCGUCUCCAUGGAGAUUCCCAUCCCAGAGCUUGUUGUCCCCGAGAGCCUCACUCUGUCUAUUCCUCUUUUUGGCAAAGCUGAGGUUUCAACUCUGAUCAGGAGCAACCUGUAUGAAAUGGAGGCCUCAAUGGCUGCUGGCAAAGAUGUUGUGGAAACACCAAGCUACUCAGCUAUGUUUGAUGUGAAAGGAACCUCACCACUUGACAUCCUCUCAGUAAAGAUUGAAGGCUCUGGAAGUCUGGCCACCACUGAUUCCAUUAAUGGCCAUUUGAAAGGCUCUUUGGCCCAUAAAUUCAUUGAAGCCAGUUUUAGUAUCAUCGAGGAUGCAACCAUCACCGACAAGCUGAAUUUGAAAUCAAGCAGCAAGAUUGAAGCUACAAGUCCAUUUGGUCUUAAUUUUGCACUAGAGCACACAGGUAUGGCUGGAAUCAACACUGAAGAAAUCUCUGCUGACAGCAACCUUGAGGGAAUGUUCAAGGCUGGACCCAUGUAUGGCAAGACAGUUUCAACUCAGUCAUUUACCAUCUUCCCAUUCAGGCCAGAGGCAAAGAUCGAUUCUACUGUUCAGUUUGACUCCACAAUUGUUAAGGUCCAGAACACAGUUGCAGCAUCCCUUGUCAAUGGUGAAUUCUCAGUUGUGUCUAACACCAAUGCCUUUGACAACAUCUUGACUCAUGUUGUUGAGCUUUCCUUCAAAGACAGCAAGCUGUCACUGAAAUGUGAUGCAAAUGCCCUUGCUCUUGGCAUGAAGAUCCGCAACCAGGCAGAAGCCUCUGCUGGUGCUGGUGAAGUUGUCCUGAGGAUGGAGACAAAUGCAGACCACUCUGAAAACCGUGUUUACUCUCUGCUGACUGCCUCUCUUGAUGUGAAUGGCCUGGCUGUAAACAGUGAUGCCUCAGUGAAACUUCUUGAGAAUGAGGCUACUCACAAGGCUACGCUGAGAAUGAACAAGGACGGUUUGACAACAAGUGGAACAACCACCCUGCAGAGUCCUCUGUCCCUAGAAAACACCUUCACUGCUGAGCUUGAUGCUUCAAGAGCUACUUUGACCAUUACCAACAAGGCUGCAAUGCAUGAUAUCAUGGUUGACAAUUCCAACACUCUGAUCAUUACUCUUUCUGGCCUUGACUUCAAUUCCAAGGCUGAAGCCACUGCAAGUGAAUAUGCCUCUUACAUUCAUGAUAUUGCCAUCAACCUGAAACCCUACACUGCUUCUGCAAAUGUUAAUAACAACCUGAAACUUCUGGCUGCCAACUUCAUUAAUGAGGCUCAGCUGCAGGCAGAGCUUUACAAGAUGGACCUGACUGGAAGUCUGAAAGCUAUCUAUGGUGAAGAAGUGAUUGAGCACAUCUAUGAGGUAAAUUAUGCUGAUAUGACAGCUAAUGCAAAGUGCAGCACCACUGGAAAACUCCUUGGAACUCACAUGAACCAGAAUACUGAGCUUGAGGUUGUCGGUCUUGCUGCCAGGAUCACCAACAAUGCCCGUUUCAACUCACAGCCAAUGCGCUUUGAUCACACCAUCCACUGCAGCAUUGUUCCUUUUGAUUUCAACCUUGAUGCCAUCUUCAAUGCUGAUGGAGACAUCACCAUGUAUGGAAAGCACAGUGCCCAGCUCUAUGGCAAGUUCCUCCUUAAAGCACAACCUCUGGCUUUUGCUAGCUCACAUGAAUGCAGAGCAUCAGUUACCCAGCAGCUAGAUAAUGGCUUUUCUCUUCAGACUACGAUUGACAACAACAUGGACACUGCAAUGUCACUCCAAGAGCAGAGGACCAGUUUUAGAAUGAAGUCGAAAAUUAAUGAGCAUGCCUUCAAUCAGGACAUGAGUGUUUACAAUACUGCUGAGAGAACUGGGAUUGAGGUUUCUGGCACCAUCCACACAAACAUUCUCAACACAGACACCACAGACAACCAGGAAUUCACCAUCUCUGGCUUCCUCAAGUAUGACAAGAACACAGACAGUCAUAUAAUUCAGAUCCCUCUGAUUGGAAAUCUGCCUGCCUUCUUGGAAAGCAUCAAGGGCUUUGUUGUGCGUAUUGCUGAGGCACUACAAGACUACAUCAGCAAUGAAGAGAUUAGGGCUAAACUCGAAGCUCUGCCCCAGCAUGUAAGUGACUUUGUUUCUCAAUUGAAUGUAGAAGACAAGGUAAUUCAACUGAAGCAGCAUUUCAGUGAUUUUACCCAAGAAUAUACCAUCUCUAUGGAGGAUGUGGAGGCUUCUUUGAGAAACCUGAAGAUCACUGUUGAAAAACUGCUGGCUGAUCUCACUGUUUACAUCCAACGCUUUGCUGGUAUGAUGAAGGAGAUCAUUGUUAGUGGCACACUCCCUGAAACCCUUAUCCAGAAUAUCCAGCAACAGCUGAAUGCCUUUAAUGACGUAUAUGACAUCAAGGCUAUGGUUAUGUAUGUGAUUGAUACCAUAAGAGAGGUGGUCCAGCAGAUUGCCUUGGAAAAACUGAAGGGCAGCAGUAUUGCAUUCCUGCAUGAUAUUGAUGCCAAGUAUGAAAUCAUGGCUAAACUCCAAACCCUGAUGAGAGAUAUGAAACAAAUAAUUGAGACCUUUGACAUGCAGGAGUUUGUUGCUCAGCUGAAGAGGUAUAUUUCAUCUGUCAACUUCAAGGCUUAUGUUGAGGAACUAGCUCGUCACUUUCCCACAGAGGUUCUCAAUGAAAUAACAGAUUAUAUUAGAGAAAUGAUUCAGGACUUUGACAUCCUAGGUAAGAUCAACAGAUUCUAUGCCGAGAUGAGAGAGUUGAUUGUAAAGUUUGAGGCUGACAAAAAGAUCCAGGCUGUCAUGGAAAAGGCAGUGGAGCUCAUUCAGCAGUUCAGAAUUGAAGAAACCAUCAGGGCUGUAGUCAAGAUGGUGAAUGAUGCAGACAUACCUACCAAAUUCAUGCAGGUCUUCCAGGAUGUUAUCAACUACUUGAAAUCAACUGAGGUCAAGGAUAUAAUUCAACAGCUGAACAUGUAUGUAGAAACUAUUGUGAAACAGCUGAAUUCAUUGAAUUACAACGAUUUUGUGGAUUAUACCAAUCAGAUUAUUGCUGAGUACACAGCUUACCUGAAUGAGCUGAUCCGGACUCUUGAAAUCCCCCAGAAAUUUGAGGCAGCAAGAGAUUUUGUCAAUCUUGUCUUAUCCUCUUUAAGAGGCUUCAUGGAACGCCUGAGAGAAAUCAAAGUUUCAGAAAUGAUUAAAUCGAUAAAGAACGUCAUUGAUGAGGUCGUGCUGGAAAAUCUUAAGGGAUUUGCUCAAUUUGUUAAACAGGAAAUUACAGAUCUGGAUAUCAAAGCUGAGAUUACCUCUUAUCUGGAAUCUGUGACCAUGUACUAUGUGAGGGUCAUGGCCAUCAUUGCUGAUAUGUUCUCCAGCGUGGUUGAGAUGAUUAAGAAGGUGGCACCUGAGCAAAAAAUCAUCAGUGAGAUUCAGCAGAUAAUUAACGGCCUGAUGACUGAACUGAAGAAAGCUGAGUUGAACGUGCCAUCCUUCACUGUUCCUUUCACUGAUCUUAUUGUGCCUUCCAUGACAUUCAGCAUGGAUGAUCUUUACCGGUUUAAAAUCCCAACACAGUUGGACAUCCCUGAGUUCACUGUCUUUGGGUUCCAUACUGUGCAAGCUACCACCAUCUCAACUAAUGACAUCAAACAGAGAAUCAUCGACUUGAUUGAUUUCAUUCUCAACUUUGAGUUGAAGAUGUUCGAUGUGGGCGCCUUAUUUGGAGACCUGACUAUGAACUACCUUCCUGCCCUGCCUGAAUUUUCACUUCCAGCAAUUACUGUACCUGAAUUCUCCUUUCCCACUCUGCCUCAUGUACCAGCAGAGAAACUUGUUAAGACUCUCCAACUCCCAGCAUUUAAAUUGCCAGUCAUUCCAAGUGAGAUUAUGAUUCCAGGCUUCGGUAAACUCAGUGGUGAGAUAAAAGUCAACACCCCUGUCGGUUCUAUUAGGAACGCUGCUGAAGUCCAAACCUCUCUUGACAUAGAUGAGACUCCUGAGCUAACAGCUUUUCUGACUGCCCAAGGAACAUCACUCAGCUAUGAAAUCCUUAACUUCAACCUGGAUUCCACUGCUCGCAUUGCUUUUCCCAAGGGCCGUCGUCUGAUUGUUGCUGAGACCCUUAAGUUCACUCAUCAUUUUCUCACAAUGGACCAUCAUGUAUCUCUGACAUCUUCUGACUUCUUAGCCCAGGCCUCAGCCAAGACCUCCAUAAAAGUCAACACAGCACCUUACAAUGCUGAGGUUUUAAAUGAAGUUUUCUUAGCCACUAAGGGUGGUUUAUCUGCCACUGUUGACACUUCUUAUAAACAUGUGCUCGACCUUCCUAUCAUGGACCUCACUGGAGAGACAUCUGUGACACAAAAAUGUGUGGCCCGUCAGGAAGGUACAUCUAUUACGAUAACUGUUGCAAACCAGGGUACUUCCAGAUUCAACUCUCAUGACAGUACCUACAAAAGUGACCUACAAGUCACAGUCAGUCCAAGCACAUUCAAGUUGAACUUCAAUACUGACACAGAUAUGUUCCUUCUGAAGAUGAGACAGAACCUGACUGCUGACUUUGUUGUCUUUAGCUAUUUCAAGAUUGAAGUUUAUUCAGAAACAGAAGGCCCCUCAAUCAAAAACAGCCGUUUAGUGGCAUCACUAAAUGCCAAUCUGCAUGACUGUAGGCUUGAGCUGAAGGCAACCCAGAGCACAGAUCUAAUUGGUUUUGUCAGCGGAGGCAUACACAAUGUGAUCAAUGUUGUUCUCCAUCCCAGAGAGGUUGUGCUCAGCUUUCAGAAUAAAGGAAACACCAAGGUCAAUUUCAAUGAUGCUCUUAUUGCCAAAAUUGAUCUACAGAAUGAUUACACUGCAGCCUUCAGACCUGGAAAACAACAUAUGAACACUGUGGCUCUGGUCCGUCUUAAUCAGCACAAACUGUUCUGGAACUUCACUGUAGAGAAUAAUGAGAGGGAGGCUACCAUUCUUACUGCUGUAGAAGGGGAAGCAGACCUUGAUUUCAUGACUAGGCCCAUCAGCAUUCCAGAGGUUUAUAUUCCAUUUGUUGACUUCCAUACCCCAGCCAUUAGUGAUCUUGACCUGUAUGACCAAACUGGGCUGAAAAACAUUUUGACUACCACUCAACAGACUGUUGAUGUGGUUGCCAAGAUUGUUUACCAGAAAAGCCAGUCUGCCCCGCUUGUUGAUAUGAUGGAUGUGAUUCAGAUUCCCUCUGUGGGUAACCUGAUCACAGAACUGGCCUUCAAGUCUGCCAUCAUCAAUCUGAAUGUCAAUGCUGGACUGUAUGCGGAGGAUGAUCUUGUGUUCCGUCUGGGAGUUACCACAGCUUCUGUGUUUGAGGGUCUCAAAGCCAAACUUGAUGGCACCACCAGCCUGACCACCACGAGGGGAAUCAAGUUCGCCAGUUCCCUGGCCCUUGAAAAUCGUCACAUUGAAGGCACUCAUGAUAGCACCAUCAGUAUGAGUACUGAGACAUUUGAACCUGCAGUUUCUGUGGCUACUAUUGCAAAGAUUGCUCUGCCUAUAUUUAAUCUGGAAGCAAAUCAAAAUCUGAUUGCCGAUACCAAAACCAAAGCAAAUGCUGUCUCCACCUUCAGGAUGACAGCUGAUUUCAACAUCCCUGUGAUCAAUGCUAUUGGAAAGGCUGAGACUGACCACAGUCUGAAGCUGGAGGGAACCUUUGAGGAUAUUUCCAUUGAGUCAUCCACCAGAGGAAACAUGGAUGGCACUAUGCUUGAGGAUUAUCUAAUUUUGGGAGUCUUUGACAAUGAUCUUAAUAUUUACCUCAAUAAUGAUGGCCUACGCUCCACCUCCAAACUUAUUGCUGAUGCCAAACUCAACUAUGGCACAAACAAAGUCAUGGCCAUGGAUGUAAAUGAGAAUCUUGCUGUUGAAGCCUCCCUCAGCCGUGUGUAUGCAGUGCUGAAAUAUACUGGCAACAAUGAGGCAAACCUGUUCAGUUUCAGCACCAAUGGGAAACACAUUGUCCAGGCAACCAUUGACUUUGCACCAAUGUCCUCCUUGACUGCUGAUAUUGGGAUUGAUAUCUCUCAGCCGAGCAACCUGGGUGAACUCGCCAUCUCUGAGAAAACUGUUGCUGAAGUAACAGCUGCCAAGCAGAAGAUCUCUACCGGUGCCAAGUUUGUGAGCCCACUGUACAGCACAAACCUGGUAACUGAGGUUGAGGGCAACGCUCCAGUCUUCAAAGUCACUUUUAAGUCCUCUGCCACCUCUGUGAUUGUCUUCUUGGAAUAUGACCUGGACUCUUCCACUACCAUAAACUUCGAACAUGAUGGCCUAAGCUUGACUGGGAAAGGUGUUUUCACCCAUACCGAUCUGACCAUGGACAUUCAACAGGUUCUUUCCUGCACACUGAGUGACUCCCAUCUCACACUGAAUGUGGAUAUAACAAGCCCUGUCUUCACUGAUGUGAACUUGCGUUAUGCUGUCCGCAAAGAUGGAAUCAGUGCUACCAUUUCUAUUCCAUCUACUGGCUUAAUGGGUCUUCAGCUCCAUGGCAGGGUCCCAUCGCAGAUGAAUGCCAGGCUUUAUGGUCGCUAUGCCUCUGAUCCUGGGAAGGAUGUUGAUAUUUUCACCAUUAGAGCUUCUGCCAAGGAUGCUUAUAAAAUGAAUCUUAAGAUGUCGAUCAACAUGGAUGCUCCAGACAUCAUGCUCAGUGGACUACAGAAGAAACUUCCUGCCAUCACCUCUUGUUUGUCCAGUUUUGCUGAGAAAUACCAACUGUUCGGACAUGCUGUUCAGCUGAAGAAUAUUAUUAUUUAUUACACUGAGGAGGUCCACAACAUUGCAACCAACCAUGCCCCACAUAUGAGUCAAGUGUCUAUCCUCUUUAGGAACACUGUUGUUAAGUACCAGAAGACUGUACAGGUUUUCUUGGAUGCAGCCAUCAAGGUCCUGAGAGAGACCCAGGUCAAACUGCCUGGCUCUGACAAGGUGACCACUAUCAUGGAGGUGCUCAAUAAGCUGACAACACACAUUACUACUAUUCUAGAGAGGGCAAUGCACCUGGUGGCUGUUAAUGUAGAAUAUGCUUUUAAUCUCAUGGUUGGCAUGGUCAGUAAAAUUCAGGUCACAAUGCCCGUUGGGGAUGUCAUGGCUGGAGCCAAAAUAAUAGACCAAAUUAGGGACAGAAUGAAAACUAUGUCGGAUCUUAUUGUGGAUCUUUUGAAGGACCUACAGAGCCUAGAUGUGCUCCUGGAAAAACUGGGUGACACACUAAAUUUCUUUGUUGACAAAGCGCAGGACUUUGUUGAUAAUACCCUAAAGUCUGAUGUCCUUGAUGCAAUUGCUGUCUACAUUAAUGCUUUCUAUGACAAACAUGCAAGCUUAAUGAAAACAGUCACCAAGUACGCAAACAGAGCUGUGGAUACUGAGGCUAUAUAUAACAUGAUGAAUUAUACUGUGGAUGUUUCCAGAUCUGUAGUGAAUCAGUUUAGAUACACUGUUACUGGCUAUCUGCAGCAGGCUCCUGCUCAGUACAGGUCUUAUGUAAGAGUUAAGGGUACAAGGCUCGAGAUUAAUCUUUGA